UUACGGAGUUUAUUCCAGAUUAUAAUAAACUUCCGGUCAGCAUGUUGAACUAAAAAAUUACUUUCUUUAAAUUGUUAUCGUUUAAGUCAGGCAAGAAUGAGUAUUAUACCAUGUGUGACAUGGGUUAGACGAGGAAAAGCAAAGUGUAAACCGGAAAAGCUCCAAAUUGCUAAAGAAGAUCUGAAAAGAAUCAUACAGGAAACACAAGAAAAGUUAGAUGAAGAGCUACAAUCUGAGGAUGAUGAAGCUGAAGACUCUGAGAACACACACCCUGAAGGUGGUGAUGAUACUGAGGAAACAGAAGAGAAAGAAAUAGAUUCAGGUGUUGAUCCCAUGGUUGCACAAGCCAGAGCUUCUGCAAGAUCAUUGAAAGGUGCAAAGAAAGGAAAAGAACCAAAAGAUCACAAUGAAGAGGGAGCCACAGGUGGAGAGGAUGAUUUUGAAUCCAGAUAUCACUUGGAUGAUUAUGACCAAGAGGAAAAUGAUUGGUCGAAUCCAUUGAAGGGUAUUGGAAGUCUUACAGUAUAUCCCAGUAACGAGGAUGACCCUUAUGUUACUUUAAAAAAUGAUGAGGAAAGUGAUGAUGAAGAUUUUGAAAUAAAAUCCACAGACAACCUUAUGCUUGUGGCUCGUGCAGAAAAUGACUUUUGUUCUGUUGAGGUUCAUGUGUACAAUGCAGAGUUGGAGAACCUCUAUGUUCACCAUGAUAUGCUACUCUCAUCUUUUCCACUUGCGUUGGAGUGGAUAGACUAUGAUCUAAGGGAUGGAAGUACAGGGAACUUUGUUGCUGUAGCAACCAUGGAUCCAACAAUUGAUAUAUGGGAUGUAGACUUGGUAGAAAGUUUAGAACCUCUGGCUACAUUAGGAGAAAAAGUGACUAAGAAGAAAAAGAAAGGUGGACAUAUUGGUCAUACAGAUGCAGUAUUAGAUUUAUCAUGGAAUUCUGUAGCCAGACAUGUUCUAGCAAGUGCUUCAGCAGAUAACACAGUUGGUCUUUGGGAUCUCACAGAGGGGCGUAUUGCAAUGUCAUUAAAACAACAUAAAGAUAAGGUACAGUGCGUUAGAUGGCAUCCAGUAGAAGAACAUAUGUUGCUGUCUGGAUCGUUUGACAAAUGUGUAAAGAUGUAUGACUGUAGAUCUCCAGAUACAAAUCACAAAUCUUGGAGCAUGAAAGGGGAGAUUGAGAAAGUUCUAUGGAACAACUUCUCACCUCUGAAUUUCUUUGCCAGUACAGAUACAGGACAUGUGUUCUAUAUGGAUUCACGGCAAGAUAAACCAGUAUACACCUUGUCAGCACACUCUGAAAGUGUCACAGGUUUGUGUAUGAGCAGUGAAGAUCCGCGAUUACUGGUCACUACCUCCAUAGACCAUACUGUGAAAGUUUGGGAUAUUGAAGGAGACAAACCUUCCCUUGUCCAUAGUCAGGAUAUUAAAUUGGGUCAGUUACAUAGCAUGGGCAACUGCCCAGACGCACCGUACGUGUUUGGUAUCGGUGGAGAGAAAAAUGUGAAGGUAUGGGACAUAAGGGACAUCAAAGAUGUCUUCAGUCAUUUCUGUGAGCCUGGUGCAAGUGGUAAGAAGUCACAUGAUCAAGAUGAUAAUAUUGAGAAUUCUGCUGUUGCCAUGGAAACACUAGAGAAUGAGGUGUCCAUGGAAACAGAUACAGUAAACCAAGAAACAUCAACGGGUAGUGCAAAAACUAAAAAGAAGAAGAAGAAGAAAAAGACAAAAAAAUUGAAUAAUACUUGAUAGUUCCUUCUGUAAAAUAGUUUUAAAUUAAAAAUGAAUAAACACAUGAAUUUACAGUUA